AUGGAUACCUCAAAGGAGCCUGAGACAGAGAUCCCUGCUGUGAACAGCAAGGAUGAAGAGGAGGAGGAGGGGAAAGAUGCAGCACCAGAGGUCCAGCUAUGCUCGAAAAAUAAGAUGGAAAGAAAACAUGGGCCAAGUUGCCUUGGUUUUCCACUCAGCAUCUUCUUCAUUGUCAUCAAUGAGUUCUGUGAAAGAUUCUCCUACUAUGGAAUGCGAGCUGUGCUUGUUCUGUACUUCAAAUUUUUUCUCCACUGGGAUGAUAACCUAUCUACAGCCAUCUACCACUCAUUUGUUGCUCUGUGCUAUUUGACUCCAAUCCUUGGAGCAAUCAUUGCUGACUCCUGGCUGGGAAAGUUCAUGACCAUUGUCUCCCUGUCCAUUGUUUAUACCAUUGGACAGACGGUCAUGGCAGUAAGUUCCAUAAAUGACUUGACAGACUAUAACAGGGAUGGAAUUCCUGAUAACAUUCCAUUACACAUUGGUCUGUCUAUGAUUGGUCUGAUCUUAAUUGCCUUUGGUACUGGUGGAAUCAAGCCCUGUGUAUCAGCAUUUGGUGGAGAUCAGUUUGAAGAGGAACAGGAAAAACAAAGAAGUAAAUUCUUCUCUCUAUUUUAUUUGUCUGUUAAUGCUGGAAGUCUCCUCUCUACUAUAAUCACUCCAGUUCUCAGAGGUGAAGAAUGUGGAAUUCACACCAAGCAAAAGUGUUACCCACUAGCCUUUGGAGUGCCUGCUGCACUCAUGGCUGUUUCAUUGAUAGUGUUCAUACUUGGAAGCAAAAUGUACAAGAAAGCUCAUCCUCAAGGCAAUAUAAUGCUCCAGGUUUCCAAAUGCAUUGGAUUUGCUGUCAAAAACAGGUUUCAGCAUCGGAGCAAACAAUUCCCCACAAGAGAACACUGGCUGGACUGGGCUAGUGAAAAGUAUGAUAAACGACUUAUUACACAAAUUAAGAUGGUCUUGAAGGUGCUUUUCCUGUAUAUUCCUCUCCCCAUGUUCUGGGCACUCUUUGAUCAGCAGGGAUCAAGAUGGACAUUACAAGCCACAACAAUGGAUGGAAACUUUGGAGCUAUUCAGAUCCAGCCAGACCAGAUGCAGACCGUGAACCCGAUUCUGAUUGUUAUUAUGGUCCCAGUUGUAGACACUGUGGUUUAUCCUUUAAUUAAAAAAUGCCACAUCAAUUUCACGCCCCUAAGGAAGAUUACAGUUGGUAUGUUUCUUGCAUCUCUGGCUUUUGUUGCUGCUGCACUGGUACAAGUUCAAAUUGAUAAAACUCUUCCAGAUUUUCCUAAAGAAGGGCAAUCCCAAAUCAAAGUAAUAAAUUUAGGCACUGAUGUUGCAAAAGUUGACUUUGGCUCCGGAGUUGAAAAUGUGUCUGUGGAAUCUCUGAUGGCGACAAACUAUAUGACAUUUGACACUACUAGCUUAACAAGAAUGAAUAUAGCCUAUGGAAAUCAAACCUUAAAUCAGCCUCUUAAUUUUCCGGGAAAAGAACGUCAUACUCUCUUACUAAAAAAUACAGGUGGCAUCCAAACUGAAUUGCUGCUUGAUGGCCUUACAUCAAAGUCAGAAGAUGGAAAAAAUCAAAUCAGAUUUAUAAACAAUUUGGCUUCAACCAUCAACAUCACAAUGGGUGGUACUCAUCUUGGAGAUGUGAAGAAUUUUUCUGCCACCAAUUAUACAUCAUUUACAAGAGGCGUAAAAGAGAUUGUUGUUUUUGCAGACAAUUCACUGACUUGCAAAAAUCAGUCAAUAUCAUUUGGAUAUGGCAGUGCAUACACUAUUGUAAUUCAAGAGUGUAACAACAACACACUAGCACUCAAAUAUGUUGAAGAUAUCCAACCCAAUACAGUUCACAUGGCUUGGCAGCUCCCUCAGUACUUCAUUAUGACAUGUGGUGAAGUAGUCUUCUCUGUCACUGGACUGGCAUUUUCCUAUUCUCAGGCACCUUCCAACAUGAAAUCGGUGCUUCAGGCAGGCUGGCUGCUGACUGUAGCUAUUGGUAACAUCAUCGUUCUUAUUGUGGCUGGGGCAUCAAAACUCAGUGAGCAGUGGGCAGAAUACGUGUUGUUUGCUGCUUUACUGAUGGCAGUUUGCAUUAUAUUUUCCAUAAUGGCUUAUUUUUACACCUAUGUGGAUCCAGUUGAGACUGAAGUCCAACUUGAUGAGGAUGAAAAGAAGAAAAUGGAAAACGAGAAAAGCAUUUGUGAAAAUGGAACUGGGCCUAUCUCUCAGUGUGAGCUGUAAAGAUGAAUUCAGAGCUGAAUGAUGUAAAUUUGUGGCAUCCCAUUAACUACAGCCACAGUAAGAGAAACUAGAGUAUCCUUAUCAACCAUUGGAUGGGCUCUCUCAUAGGAAGGGGGGAAAGAGCAUUGCUCAUGUAAAAUGCAGACCCUCCUGAGGAGCAAAAUCAAGAGCUUAAUCUUUUGUACAGAACAUGAUACUCUAAGAAAACUCUGGAAACUUGCUCCCAGCAGAAUUUGCACUUUAAAAAUGAACCUGAAGCUUAAAUCUCAAAGCAUUAAAAUACUGAAAUUGCACAUGACAGUGUUGAAGAGUUCCUGUGAUGAAAAGAUGUAUUAUUUUUAUAUCGUCUUGUAAUUUUAUAUUGUGAAAAGGCAAAUACUGCCAGGAAAUAAUAAUUAAAGCCAAGCCGUUUGCACAGCCCCAGCAGCCCACUGUUAUUCAGGAGCAACUGGUCAGUGGAGUUUUGAAAAUCCUUUUUAAAACUGCCUUACAAAUAAUGAAUGCAAAAAUGCACAGCAUAAUUACAGAAAUAUGUACAUACUGAAUAUGUUACCAGUGUUAGUAUUAUACUACAGACCCCUCCAACCCACCUGUGCACUCUAUUUACCCAUUUAACUGCUGGUAACUUUAACCAAAUAUUUUAGACUCAGGUGGCCACCAAGAUGAAGACAAAAGCGAACAGAACUCUGAAUGAGCAGCAGCAU